UCCAAUUUUGACCCCUCCAUCGCGGGGACAUUCUCGUUGCAGGUGUCCUGUCUCUGCGGCUCUGCACCAUGCCUGCUCUGCGGCUGCUGCCCCUCGGCCAAGAACUCCACCGUCUCCCGCCUCCUCUUCACCUUCUUCCUCUUCCUCGGCACCCUCGUGUCCAUCAUUAUGAUAAUCCCCGGCGUGGAGAAGGAGCUGCACAAGCUCCCCGGCUUCUGUGAAGGCAGUGGGUCGGUCCUGGGGGUCCAGACCCACGUUGACUGCAGCAGCUUCCUGGGCCACAAAGCCGUGUACCGCAUGGGCUUCGCCAUGGCCGCCUUCUUCUUCCUCUUUGCCCUGAUGAUGGUGUGUGUGCGCAGCAGCAAGGACCCGCGAGCUGCCGUGCAGAACGGCUUCUGGUUCUUCAAGUUCCUGGUGCUGGUGGGGAUCACAGUGGGGGCCUUCUACAUCCCCGACGGUGCCUUCACCUCAGUCUGGUUUUACUUCGGCGUGGUCGGCUCCUUCCUCUUCAUCCUCAUCCAGCUCGUCCUCCUCAUUGACUUCGCCCACUCCUGGAGCCAGCUGUGGCUGCGCAACGCGGGCGAGAGCCACGCCAAGGGCUGGUACGCAG